AUGGAUCUAGCGGAGGCGAGUUUUUCGGUGCUCAACUCCUCCGCAAACAGCACCAGCGCUCCAAAACUUGCACCGAAACUUGCACCACACUCCUUGUGCGCUGCCGCGCUCAUCAUCCUGGUGGUCACUAUUAUCAUCCUGGUCACCAUCGUGGGCAACGUGCUGGUGGUAGUGGCUGUAUUCACCAGUCGUGCCCUACGAGCUCCUCAGAACCUCUUUUUGGUGUCCCUGGCAUCCGCUGACAUCCUGGUGGCCACCUUGGUCAUCCCAUUCUCUCUGGCCAAUGAGGUCAUGGGGUACUGGUACUUCGGAAGCACGUGGUGCGCCGUCUACCUGGCGCUUGACGUCCUGUUUUGCACCUCAUCCAUCGCACAUCUAUGUGCCAUCAGCUUGGAUAGGUACUGGUCAGUCACAAGUGCCGUGAGUUAUAACCUGAAGCGGACACCAAGGCGCGUCAAGGCCAUGAUCGCUGCAGUGUGGCUUGUGUCGGCCGUCAUCUCCUUUCCGCCGCUGGUCAUGACCAAGCACGAUGAGCUUGUGUGCCUGCUCAACAAUGACACCUGGUACAUCUUGGCUUCCUGCAUCGUCUCCUUCUUCGCUCCAGGUCUCAUCAUGGUUUCAGUCUACUGUAAGAUCUACAGGGUGGCCAAGCAGCGUGCCGCUACCGUGUUUGUCGCCAAGCCCAGCAUGGCACGCCAACCCUCACAGUCCGAGACCGGAUUUGUUCGUAAAGGAAGGUCUGAGGCGACCACCCCGAGCGACUGCAGCUCAAAAGACCAGCGCCAAGGUGAGCUGGACACUAUCGAUUUGGAGGUCUCCAGUGCUCGCUCAAACAAAAGUGCAUACCCAUGUGCACGCACCAAGCUCAAUGGGCGCUCUUUAGAAGAUUUUGAAGAGGAUCCACCUAAUCAUGUAAGGCAGCAAACUCUCUCCAAAGCCAAACUGGCCCAGAUGCGUGAGAAGCGUUUUACUUUUGUGCUAGCUGUAGUCAUGGGGGUCUUUGUGCUCUGCUGGUUCCCGUUUUUCUUCACCUACAGCUUGCAUGCCGUGUGCCGAGAGAGCUGUACCAUCCCGGAUACCCUGUUUGACCUCUUUUUUUGGAUUGGGUACUGCAACAGUUCGGUAAAUCCUAUAAUUUAUACAAUAUUUAACCGAGACUUUCGGAGAGCAUUUAAGAAGAUAAUGUGCCACAAUCCAGCCAGGAUCUAAAUGUAAAUGAGGGGCAGUUAGUUCCCAUGUGUGUGUUUACUUUACCUGUUCUAAUAGAAAGAGAC